AUGCGGUUACUUGUACUUGUACUGGUCCACCUGACCGCAGCAAACAAGACCCUGACCUACUUAGAGAAAUACGGCUAUCUCAACAGCAACGGAACAUCGCUGACUAACAAUAUUAAGCACGCCGUUACGAGGUUCCAGGAGGUCUUCGGACUACAGGUGACCGGAUAUGAAAACGAGGAGACGCUGAAGGUGAUGGACACACCCAGAUGCGGUAACUCGGACGAAGGCAUAGCCCCGUUUUCCGUGACCCCAUUAGUUAAAUGGAACUCAACUCGGGUCACGUGGAACAUGAUUGGCUCUGGCAUCCAGUAUGCUAACAUCGUUGAGAGAGCGUUUUCUUUGUACUCCAAACACUCUGCUCUCGAAUUCCGUAGAAGUUACAGUGAUCCCACUAUAAUGGUAGUGAUUUCCCCUAAGAAACACGUGGCGUACUACCUUAAAAGCACUUGCAGUUACGAUUUUGACGGUCCAGGCGGCGUUCUCGGCCACGCCUUUCUCCCUCGACCGUGGCUGAACCAAUCGGAUAUACACCUUGAUUUCGAAGAGGACUGGGACUUUACAAUGAAUAUACCCGCACCGGAGAAGACUUCGUUCUUUGUAGUGAUGGUCCAUGAAAUAGGCCAUGCUCUCGGUCUUCAGCAUUCGUCUGUGUUACGAUCCGUAAUGUUUCCGUCCUAUUACCCGCCAUCGGGUAUCAACAACUUGUACGAAUUUCAUUUGGACAGAGACGAUCAGCUUGCAAUUCAGGUUUUGUACGGACCGCCUGUCCCCUCCUCCUCCUCCUCCUCCUCCACGUCCACAACAUCAUCCACUACAACAUCCACUACUACUACGACAACAACAUCGACUACCACUAGGCCUACCACGCCUACACCUACAGAAUUGGACAUUUGUCAUUUACGGCACAAACUCAACACGUUCUUAGUAGUGAGAAACAGACUGUUACUCAAUAUUCCGAACUUUCGAGAUGUAUACAUGAGGGACACACUGCCCAAGACCCCGCGGCUGUACGAGUCGGCUGUAGUAAAUCUGGACAGUUCACAAGAUGAAGGAACGCACUUGGCGGAUGGUGGGGAGGAUAUCAAGGUCAUCAAUGUAUUUGGUAAGCAAUGUGUGUUCAUCUACGACGGUGAACAUUCAUUAACGCUUAACAAAAACGAGUGGAAUCAGUUCAUUGCCAACCUCCCACUGAUCCACAUCGUAUUGAGAGAUCUGUUUCUGAUUGAGGAGUCUGUUAAAGCCACAAUUGAAAACAGUGACAGUGAGAGGGAGUGUGCGGAGGCUCUCCCUAGUCCCAUAGCUCACAGGCUGUCUCUCGAAAUUGAACUUUUCAAACGGUGGCCAAAUGGAGGCAGUUGA